GCAGAAACCAAGACUGUCGUUUGAGCGACUUAGAGAAUACAAGACCAAAAAAGUAGAAGGCACCAUGUCCUCCUCUACUUCCUCCUCCUCUUCCAGCCGGAUUAUAAUGACAUCUUCACAAGAACCUGCUUCAGCUUCAGCACCCGCCCCGCCGCCGCCGGGGUACUACAGUAAUCAUGACGCAGCUGUCGGGACGGCUAAGUCUCACACUGCAUCAUCUGCCGGAAUCUCCUCCCCGCCCCUAGUCGCGUUUUCCGCAGAGACGCCCUUCGCCACCUACAUUGUCUUUGGCGUUGGCAUAAUAGCAGGCUUCUCGCUGCUGCUGGCGAUAAACACCAUGAGCUGCCGGGAAUUUUUCAAGAUGCAAUUGUACUUAUAUAUUUGUCCUUUUUUCUCAUGUUAGGUGUGUAUGAGAUUCAACGCUUGCAAAACGUUUCUGCCGCCCGCAUGACCUAACAACGCUCGCUGCAUUUCUUUGCUGUUGUUUUGAUGUUCCGACACAAAACCCUUACUCACAGCCAAACACACCUGUGGGGCGGCAUACUGGGAACUUUCGCAUUCCUCGGGGCGAUGCGCAUCGGGUUCGAGCCAGCUGCGGGUAUGACGGCAAGUUAUCUCAUCUUCACCAUUCCCAUGAUGCAUUUUUGGGGUUUUCCAAGAAGACAAAUGUUGAUGUCGACAGAGGAUGGUUCCAAAGUGGAGGACAAAGGGGGAGUAGCUGCGGACUCCACUAAAAGUAGAACAUCAUCUUUGAGUACGAGCAGAAGAACGACACGACAGUAUUACAACAGCGUCAUUGCGGGAUUCAUCGAACACCUUCUCUAUUUCAUGUACUUUAUUUCAUGUUUUGGUCCCGCCCUUGUAGGGAAGGGAGCCCAUGUGCUCGGAGCACAAAAGUACUUGGUCUGUCUUUAGGACCCAGCUGAUGCCAGGACCGACUGGCAACGCGCUCAGAGUGAGACAAUGCAUCCGCCUCAGCUACGCGAGGCCUGUGGAGCAUCUGGCCUAGUUCGGUCCGUGGAACGCUCGUCGCAGCAGGUCUAGCUCGCAGCUAGACCAUCGCGCGCCGCCUUCAGCGUCUAAAAACAUUGCCCGCGCCCCUGUAGCCUCCCCUGUGGCAUGCCCGUCGCAUCCGAUCGGUUGCGUGUGCAGCCCCGGAGCAUACGACAACGGGACGCCAAUACAGGGCCACGCAGCGAGCGCGCAAAGAUGUGCGAGACACGAAGGCCCGCGACUGCCAUGCGCCUCCCUGCCACCUAGCAAGCACCUGAAAGCCAUGGGCCCGCGUCCGAAGGAUUGGGCUGCGCCCCCCAUCGCUCUUAAUUACGCGCGUUGACGCAUGCAAUGCCCUCGCAGGGCUGGUCCCUGCGCCUUUCCCGUGCGUCCGCGUCUGCCCUCCGGGUUGCUGCCGUAGAGGCUGCCCUGGCAUCGGGGGGCCUGCUCGUAGUAGAUUCCCCCCCUCCUCUCUCUAUCUGUGGAGAGAUGGAGCAGUAGCAUCCGCUAGAAUACAGGAUGCACGAUGAACGCGGCACAAGGCUUGUAGCCCGCCGCCGACAUUGAAAGAUCGUGGCAAAAUCAAUCAACACGACGCUCGUAGCGAAGACGCAUUGAUGCGGCCAUCAGGAGCAUGGAUAUAGAGCCCGCCGGUGCGCUCUAAGUCGCCCCCCCCAGCAAAGGGCGGCCCAGGCACCUCCAGGAUCCUUGUUCACCUCUUGCGGCGUUCGUCCACAUCACGAACGCAGAGGGUUCCUUCACACCCUUGCUCGCCCGUACUACGUUGGGUGGAUCGCUUUCCGGGAGACAGGGUCAAAUUUAGAGCACCGCAAACCUCUCGCAGAGCCGCGUGGAACGUGUAUGCAUGUGUUUCAUGUUUUGGAGCGACCGGGUUUGGUUUAGGUUUCAGGGUUUAGGGUCCCACCUUUAUUUCAUGUUUUGGAGCGGUGCUUCUCUUACUCUUUUUUACGUUUUGGUUUCGCUUCCAAGCGAUAUGUGUCAACUACAUGGUUGCUAAAAGUAAAAAUACGAUCUUCCUUGCCACCAACAUCAAUCUCAUCCACAGCGUCUUCCUCGGGCGUCAGAACGGCACGCAAUAUUCGGACAUGCGGCGGGCUUUGGAGCAGGAGUUUACCGUUUUGAUGACGGCCUGGGUCCUGCCGGUCCUACCAACCAUUUCCGUCGACACCAUGCUGAACAGCUACGUCACGCAGCAGUCCGCCGCGAUUGAUUUUCUCGCGGACCUGUGCAAGCGCCCCCGUGCGUUUGGGGAGGAGUUCCAAAUGUACCAGCUUUUCGAGGGUAUCAACCACUUUGCCGUGGUGCUGGGUGGCUUGGUGAUUUUGUUACUGGGAAGGAACCGCGACAUUGUCUUCGGGUUGGCGCCGUCGAACAAGGAAAACACGUCUGGCUGGGGCGUCAAGCGAUUUUUCUGCGGAGGGGCCGCCGUCGUGCUGUAUGAAUACGGUAGUUACUUACAUCAACUUGAUGUCCAACAUACAAAUGAAAUUUGUUGAUUUAGAUAGUGUGUGCGGUAUGCAAAUGUGGGAACUAACAAGCGACUCAACACUGGAUGGCGCGAUGUUGAUUUUUCACGACGACGACGUGAAAAAAACAAAAAGGUAUUCUUUGCGAGCUCCUGCUCUACGGUCCGCAGUACUUCUGGAUGCUUACAAUCAACCUGUUCAACGCGAUCUUUGACUCGCCGUACGAAGUUUCCUCCGUCGAGUACAAGGCGCUAGUCGCAGUGUCCUCCGCCAUCGUCUUCGUGCACCACACGGGCUACUGGAUCGACACCUGGGCCACGAUGGAAGUCUUACGGAGUUGGGGCUUCAGCAGUUUCACCAAUUGCGACGAACUAUUUCUUUCAACAAAUAAUAAGACAAGUGUGGUGGAACGGAAAGCGGUAGGAGCUGCAGGAGCGAGGCCGAGUGAUUUGCAAACAAAAACUAACACGGGCGAUCCAACUGCUUCCGCCGCCACUGAAAACAAAAAGGCGAAAAUCACUUCGCCAGCGAAGCUGCAGCGAAACAAAAGUCCUUCGCCGACGAAGAAGUCGACGACAUCAUCGCCGAUGAAAAAAGCGCAGAAGUAAAAACCUGGAAGGAGUUCUUGAAGACGACUUAGAAUAGAUUUAUCGCACGAGAGCCGAGGCAACUCGGUCUAUGGUCUACAGUAGCAGGAUGUUCCAAUGCCAUAUUUAUGGAUUGAUUUCUACUACUAGGUUUUCUGGAGGAUUGUUUGUUAGGGGAAACAAGGUCUAUACCGAUGUUUUGAUGAACACGAAUGUACUUGAAUGCGAAUUCCUUUGCUCUCUGUGAGAGUGUAUCAAAAUGAAUCCGGUCAUGUGGCAUGAUGUUGACUUUUUGCAAUUUGAACUUUACUAUUCGUUCUUGGCUUUCGGGUAAACAAACAGAAAAGUCGUAAAACUUGAUUUAUCGCGCUCGUGGUAGCAGGGUGCGACUUCCAGGCGGGAGGUUGUGACAUCAAGAACGACAAGUUAAGUACUCUUUUUCGUCUACUUGUCGCUGUCGCACUCGCACCGCGAUACUAAUUCUAAUUCACGGAUGAUGAACACAGCCGAAAAAAUAUAUUUUAAGCACGCUGUCAUACGUAGCGCACGCCUAGAUUUGAUGCUACGUGUAAAUGAGUGUGUGUUGAACUAACAAUGAACUAGCAUGUUGAAGAUGUACCUCUGUAAGUACGUUUUUCUUUUUUGCUUCCGGAUUUCGAUUUUGAUAUAAGUUGAAGCUAAAAGUUGAAAAUGAUGGUCUGUGCUUCGUAAGAGAUAGCGAGUGAAGAUUUGCGACCUGACAAAGUUGACGCGCAGGACGAGCUUCCGCGAGAAGCAACUACUCUUCUGAAGAUAUGCGAGAAAUGACACGAGCCAUGCCGACCUGAAAGAUAAUUUUCGGAUUUGAUGGCGACGCAAG